AUGGAUUGUGAUUCAGUAGACAUGGUAGCAUUGGACUAUGGAUAUGAGGUGUUCUAUACCAUGUUAACAUAUGAAGUAUUAGCAGCACAUGCUAUGAAACUGGUGUAUAACUUGACUAAACCUGUUGAUGUCACAAGGAGAAGAGUUCUUGAACUAUUGGACUAUUCUAAAAAAAGAGAAGCAAAAAAGAACUUAUAUCGCCAACUUCAAGUCCUCUUAGGAUUAUUCAAGUCAUACAAACCAGAAUGUGUUCCAGAAGAUGUGCCCUCUAUUUCAAUACACACCUCAUUUCGGAAGAUUAACACAACUCUACUGAGGCGUUUUAAACAGUGUCAUAGCUCCAGAAAUAAUUCUUAUAAUAAAAAGGACCAUUUGCUGUGGACCAACCUAAUCAGUUCUGAAUCUGGAAGAAAUAAGAAAGUAGACCCUUUGGUCCCAAACAUGGAAUUUCUUAAUAUUGCCUUAAAGCAAUAUGAGAAAAGUUCACAGAAAAACUAUCUUGAUUUUUCUGACCCGGUUUCCCUCUUGGAGUACAGUGUGAGACGUGUAACAAGCAGGCCGGCGCGGUUGCGAGCACUUCUCUGCAACGACAGCGGCCUUACACAGCUAGCGUUGGCGUCCGGCUCCGAUCAUGCGUUCUUCUCGCACGAUCUGCAUCAUUUGCUCACAAACUCUUUCCUCGACACAUCCCCAUAUAAUUACGCUGAGAAACGAGAUCUGUUGCAUAAACUGGCUAAGUUUCAACGGACGAUUCUGCAGGGUGUCCCCGUUGUUACAAGGUUCCUUGCACAGUUCUUACCUUUCUGGAAUGAACAGGACUUCUUUGCUGAGAUCAUGGACCUAAUAGUAUGGAUAAGUGUAGAUUGCUUAGAACACAUUAUUUCUAUAAUGGACACUUUGAAGAAAAUAUACUACAGAGCCGAGCCAAUAGAGCAGUGUGCAAUUCUGAUGAGCUUAACGCAAAUGUACGCUAAUCUCGUUUUUUCAAGCACGCGAAAAAAACAAUACUUUAUGAAUAUGGACUCAUCGCGUGUUGACUACCCUCAAAUCUUACGCAGUGUUGCCUCGAGCUUAUCUGAAAUGUCCAACAAGGUGUUACAAAUAAAUCCAGGUGAUAUGCGCGCGCUGUACAGCGGCUCGAGCGCUGCGGAGUGGCGAGCGCGCGUCGAGCUGCGCUGCGGUCGACCGCCUGGAUGCGUCCCUGGAGCGCUUUCGCUAGCGCUGCCUUUGCUGACCCCCUCCGCUGCGCUGUUGGACAGCGUCGCCACGCUUCUAGUGCUGUACCGAAAAAUAACAAUGUCGGCCAAGAAGAGCGCGGGCGGGAGGCUCACGCUGGACGCGCACUGGGACGCGCAGCUGCGUACCCUGAAGGCGUUCACCUCGGACAUGGUGUCGUGCCUCUACCACGAGGGGUGCCUCGCCAAUCGGAAGGAGGGGCUCGUGUUCGCCCGGCUGCACCCCCAACUGGCGGCGGCCGUCACCAAGUCGGUGCCGGACGCGGAGGCCGUUUUCAGCGUGCGCAACCAUCUGGCGUUCGCGCCGUACACGUACGCGCACGCAGAGGGCGCGCGGAACGCCCACUUGGCGGACAACGCGCUGUGGUUCGGCGUCGCCGUCGAUCGGACCUUCCCCGGCCUCGCGGAGUUCUUGUCGAUGGCCGUGCCCCAGCUGCGCGUCGGGCGGAGCGGCCGC